GACAGCCGACAAUCAAUGUCGUUUUGACAGCUUUACCGAAAUUAUUUCAUGAUCUUUCAAUUGGUGAGGAGUUUGCAUACGACUCCAGUCUAUCGAGCAGCUGAGUCUUCACUCUUGGCAAAACUGAGAAAAAAGACAGGAUAUACUAUUGCUAACUGUAAAAAAGCUCUUGAAAUGCACAAUAAUGAUUCAGAAAAGGCUGAAGCAUGGUUGAACGACCAAGCACAAGCCAUGGGGUGGGCAAAAGCAACUAAACUUUCUGGACGGAAAGCACUCCAAGGUUUGGUGGCAGUGAAAUUUGAUAAGAAUCAUGGAGCACUCGUGGAACUUAAUUGCGAAACAGAUUUUGUUGCAAAAAAUGAGAAAUUUCAGAAAAUGCUUGAAGAUGCCACACUGGCUUGUUAUAAAUUUGCACACACGCAUUUAAAAUCAAAGGGACCUAUAACAAAGCUGGAGUUAGAUAGUGAGCAGUUAGGAAAUCUAUCCGCUGACAGUGGUAAAAAGCUUUCAGAAGUAUUAGCAUUAUUCAUUGGGUCUGUCGGUGAAAAUGCUGUCCUUCGUCGUGCUGAAUGUUGGAAAUCAAACAGCAAUGAUGUCAAAAUAACAGCUUACACUCACCCUGCUCCGCCAACAGCAAGUGAUUAUUCUAGUGGCAAAUAUGGAGCAUUACUUGCUUACAAACAACCCAAUGAUAUUGAAGACAUUGGAAAACAGAUUUGUCAGCACAUUGUUGGUUGUGCACCAAAAAAAAUUGGUAACAAGGAAAAAGAUAAACCAGUGGAGAACUCUGAUGAUGAAACAUGUCUCAUUUUCCAAGAGUAUUUGUUGGACCCGUCAUUUACUAUGGAAGAAGUACUAAAAAAGAAUAAGGUCGAAGUUCUCGACUACGUUAGGUUUUCUUGUGGGGAAACUUUAGAAGAAAACAUGCCUGGUGUUGAAAAACAGCCUUUAGAUACUGUUCAAACUUUGCAGUAGAAUACAUUGUUAUUAGAUGUUAGAAGACACUUGUUUUAUUUAUAAAUAUAAUUUAAUCUGUACACAUUUGCUUAUUAAUUUUUCAACAAUGAUACCAAUUAAGUACUUUAAAUAAAGACAUAGGUAAGAAAUUUA